UGUGUACAGGCCUUUGGCUUCAAUCGAAUGGGCAUAACAUCGACAAGAGUGACAAGAGUCAAGAACUCUUGAGGAACAAGCAUCUGAAUUUGAACUCGCGCGAAAUGAAGUAAAAUAUGCAGACUGCAGAUUAAGAUGGAAGCUUGAAUCUUGAUGCCUUUAUACGGCCCAUACGGCCUUAGGUUUGAUGCAGGUCAACUUCACACUCAAAGCGCGGCGUGGACGCUGCACAAAUCACAAUGCAUCCACCGGGUCAAAUGCCCGGAUUCCGGCAAGAAUGCACGAUUUGCACAUAUUGCAUGCAAUAAGCAAACGCCUGAAGGUUAGCCUGUUGUUGCCGCUGCAUGCAGCUUACAACCGUCCUUUGCCGUCUCAGAUGACUGUUAGCCCUGGAAGCCGUGCUAGAUGGCUGCGUCGUCCUGACUGCACGGUCUGGUAGCGGCAGGAGUGGGACCCUCCGCCAAAGUGAGCGAGAGGGCGCAGCUCGGGACCGCGAGCUGUCUGCGGCGACCGGUGACCACACCACUGCCAGGUCUGCAACUGUACCUGCCACUUAGCACAAGAUACUACCAACAAAAGUUCAAAAAUCUGCGUGUUCUAGGCCAGAUGCGUCAAUGGGACGCCACGGAGCCGUGGCCAGCACGCUGCCGCCAGCCGCCGUUCAGUCGCCGCCAGCCAUGCCGCCGAUGCCGCACAUGCCGCCCAAGAAGCGGUACCUCAUGGAGAACCCUCCGCGCAACGGCGGACUCCUCCAGCUAGCUGAGGUGCCGUCGCUGCCGCGCCGCCAGCCACCUGGUGGUGACAUCACAAACUACCCGCACCAGCUGAACGGCUAUGCGCCGCCGCCGAACGGCCUGAACGGCCUGAAUGGUCUGAACGGGACGCGGCACCGGGUCGAGUACGACCCCUCCGAGCCGCUGAACCUCACCACCGCCUCCAACCACGAGGUGCAGCUGUCGCGUAUCGUCGACAAGGUGGUGGAGAAGAUGCUGAAGACUAGCGGCAUGGACGAUGACCGCCAGGGCGACCCGCUGCGGCUGUGGUUCACUAACCAGUUUGAGACCAAACAGCGCAACGAGUGUUCGUCGACAGGCGGCUCGCCGAGUCCGCGACACAAGUCGGCCAGUCCGCAGCUGCCCAGUCCGGCGGCGGCCGGCAGUCCGGGCCGGCCCAGUCCGGGACUGGUACCCCCGGGCACAGACACGGCGCCCGAGCCGGGGCCCGAGCAGCGGCCCGAGCGGGGCCCCGAGCCGGCCGACGGCGGCGACACUGAGCCCGACACUGGCGUCAUGGAGCUCACCAUCGGCAUGUCCGACACCAUCAACCGGGUCAUAGAUAACGUGUACGGCCGCGACCGGCGCUCGGCAGAGGUCUCCAGCUGUAGCAGCGACUGCGUCGGCUCCACCACGCCGCCCGAGCCGCCGCCGCCGCCGCCGCCGCCGCCCCCGCCCGCAAAACGGCGCUCCCCGCCGGCCGGCGGCGCGCGGGAGCGGCCGCGCGUGAAGCGAGCCUCGCCCGGCGCCGGGGCGGGCGGCACACCGGCCAAGAGGAACCGGGCGGCGGCCACCGUCACUGCCACAUCCAUUGCCGCCGCGGCUGCCGCUGCUGCUGCUGCUGCUGCCGCCGCCGCCGCGACCUCCGUCUCUCCCGUGGAGAGCCCCGCAGCCAGCGACCGAUUGUCGGCGGUGGCCAGCGAUGACGAGGACGGCGGAGGGCACGGCCUGGUCAUCGACGAGACGCCCAGUGUCGGCGCCGGCGACGACCUCUCACCGGACAGUCGUACCGAGCGGUCGCCGCCUGCCGUCGAGCCCGGGUCGCCGCGGCGGCGCAGUAGAAAACGCAACCCUCCCGCCGAUGUUCGGAUAGGAGACUCAAAGCUAGCCGAUUCUGCAGCUGCGCCCAAUAAGGGCAGCCGCAAACGCAAAGUAGGAAAAGAAGACAUCGUUCGCAUCCAAAAGGACGGAGACAGCGGUCUGGAUAGCCCGUGCCCUCCCUUGCCCGCCAAGGACAGGUCCAAAUCUCAGCCAAACUGAGCUCGCAUCUACGUGCUCGCCCACAAAAUACGGGACACCGGCGUCUUCAAAGGCCACUGCCGUUCGCGUAUACCGCUCUCUUCUCUCCGUCUCGCCGCGCCCAGAGCUACCUGUCGGCCGCGGUGGCAACCCAAACUUCACUUGUACAAAUAGAGGUGGCAUGCGUGCGCGUCGCGGCGGCCCUGUGAUGAUAGUCGGUCUCGCCGGCUCGGCUCGCGCGCCGCCGCCGGUCGCACGGAGCCACAGACGCAAUACAAACGGAAUGCCGGUAGCCGGCUAAACAGCGUGUGCUGGUGUGCUAGGUAAGUGUGAAGCCCGUGUGCCCAUUGCGAGUGUGAGUGUGCGCGUGUGUGUCCCACACGAGCGCGCCAGAACGAUUUGUUAUUUAUUGUAAGGGUGGCAAUUAUGUUGUUGAUUAUCCAUUGAGCUUGAUAUCCAGAGGGUGGGUGCCUUUUCUAUUAAUAUUGGUGUACACCGUUAUGCAAUCUCAUGUGUUCCGACUUGUUACGAGUGUUCGGUGGGCGGGGCGGAGGGGCACGCGCGGCUCGCCGGUCGCCGCCCCCUCCGACCGCAGUCCCCGACGGCCGCGACCCGACGAGACGAACCGUUACCGAGGCCCGAGAUUACCAGGGCGGGCCGCCCGGGCGCGCACACGCCGACACGUUAAUGUGAUGUCUUUUUUUACCGUCUCUCGACAAAGGCCUCGUUCGGUCUGCGUAGUUCGGGCCGUCUGCUUUAAAAUUGUAUGGAUGUGACUCGAAUAAAUUAUAGCUGAAGGUGA